UAACAAUAACAAAAAAUUAUUGUUAGGAAAUACUUCUUUAUGUCGAAUCUUGAUUACACUGAAGAAUUUAGGUCGAUUACUUCCAAUCAAAAUGUUGACCAACAAGCAAUGACGUUUUUAUCCUCUUUUGCGGCUGAAUUUAGUGGUAAAUUUAAAGAGGUAAUAGAUCUAAGUGAAAAUUUUAAAGCUUGGCUAAAACCUACUUAUAACGAUUUGGAGCAGUUCGAUGCCCACCGAUUUUUAGAGAAGAGAGGAGAAACGUUAACAGUGAAGGAUCUGAGAAACACUCUUCAUAAUAUUAACAUCGAGCCCAAAACUCGAUUGUCUUUUAUUGAAUAUCUUCUUUUCAAGUAUAAUAAAUCUGCGGCUGAACUUUUUGAAAAUAAACCGAAUAGCGAAUUGGUGGCUAAACUAGAGGCUGCUGUUGAACAAUACAAAGGAGUGAUGGAAGCUAAGGCAGCCAAGGAAAAUCGUAUAAAGGAACUGCGCGAAAUCGUUGCCAAGGGAGGAAAAGAUUCGCCGAGAGCACGAGUAGAACUGAGACAGUUGGAAAUGGGCGACCCAGCUAAGGAGGUUACUGAGGAAAUGUCUGCUAUUCACGCCCGUUUAGCGGCUAAGCGGGCAUUGUUAAGCCCUGAAGAGCAUAACUUACGCCUUUUGGAAGAAGAGAAAAGACGUCUUGAAGAGCUUAAUCGCGAGCAGGUCAACGAGGAACGGCGCCAGCGAGAGCUUGGCAGGAAUCGCCUUAAAGAAAAAGCUGCUCUCUGGAAGUAG